AUGGUGUGCUACGACCCCGACGUCGACCGGCGACCGCGCGCGACGUACCGGUCGCCGUCGGUCUUGACGAAACCACCGCCACCAGCGUCACCUGACCUGGAAAAGCCGCACGCCGCACGCUCAAAGAGGCGGCCGAAGGCGUCGCGCGAGAUCGUCCCGGGGCCGACCACGGCCUCGUCCCUCUCCUCGUCCUUCUGCCUCGAGACGUCGUUCCACAUGGACCGCGAGUCGCACGCGCUGUCGUCGUCGUCGUCGCUCUUGCGCGACCUCGCGGCCAAUCUCAUCGGCCGCAACGCGCCCUUUGCGUCGCCCUUUGGCCGCAAAGCGCAGGUCUAUGCCGACUACACGGCCAGCGGCAAGUCCCUCGCGUGCAUUGAGCGCUUCCUCCGUCGCCACGUCAUGCCGACGUACGGCAACACGCACACGACGACGUCCGUCACGGGGCUCCAGACCACGUCGUUCCGCGACGAGGCGCGGCAGAUCAUCGCGCACGCCGUGAACGCCCACGACGCGACGGACGUCGUGCUCUUUGCCGGCCAGGGCUGCACGAGUGCGAUCCAUAAGCUCGUGACGGCCUUAGGCGUCCACGACGGCCGCCGCCGGCGCCGCGCGGCCAAACGGCCCGUGGUCUUCACCUGUCCCUUUGCCCACCACUCGAACCUCUUGCCCUGGCGCGAGAGCCCGUGCGCCGACGAGGUGCCGAUCCCCGAAGCCGCGCACGGCGGCGGCUUGGACCUCGUCGAGCUCGAGCGGCAGCUGCAACGGCACCAGCACCGGCCGCUGAAGAUCGGGUCGUUCGCCGCGGCGUCGAACCUCACGGGCCUCUUGCUCGACGUCGACCGCGUGUCAAAGCUCCUGCACAAGUACAAUGCGCUCGCGUGUUGGGACUACGCCACGUGCGCGCCGUACGUGCCCAUGGACAUGAACCCCAAGCACGACCCCGCGGCCUACAAGGACGCGAUCUUCUUCUCGGGCCACAAGUUCGUCGGCGGCCCGGGCUCGCCCGGCGUCCUCGUGGUCAAGAAAGCGGUCGUGUCGCGAGCCGCUGUGCCGACGAUGCCGGGCGGCGGGACGGUCCUCUUCGUCUCGGAGAAGGCCCAUCGGUACUUGAAAGACCCGGUCGAGCGCGAAGAGGGCGGGACGCCCGACAUCCUCGGCGCCAUCCGCUUGGGCCUCGCGUUUCAGCUCAAGCAGCGCGUGGGGCCGCGGCGGAUUCUGGCGCUCGAGCGGCGCCACGUGCGGCGCGUGCGCGCGUCGCUCGGCCGGAACGCGCACAUUGUGCUGCUCGGGCGCCAGACGGACGACGUCGACCAGCUCCCGAUCUUCUCCAUGCUCUUCCGCUUCCACGACCGCUUCUUGCACCACAACUUUGUCUGCGCGCUGCUGAACGACCUCUUUGGCGUGCAGGCGCGCGGCGGGUGCCAGUGCGCCGGUCCGUUCGGCGCGCGGCUGCUCGGGCUCCGUCGGCACCACAUUCUCGACAUCGGCCGCGCUGUCCUGGACAAGCACGAGAUUCUGAAGCCCGGCGUCGCGCGCCUGAGCUUCCCGUACUUUGCCGACGCGGCCGAAGUCGACUACGUGCUGGCCGCCGUGCACUUUGUGGCCGACCACGGGUGGAAGUUCCUCCCGCAGUACCGCUUCAGCUGUCGCACGGGCGGGUGGCGCCACGCGUCGAGGGCCGACGUGGCGCUGCCCGACAAGAAGCACUUGUCGGAGAUGCAGAUCGAAGACGCAACGACUGCUGCGACUGCGUCUGGUGGGGCAAAUCCCAUUGCGGACGUGGCGGCGCACCGGCGACUGAACCUCGAGCAGGCGGCCAAGUGGGGCGACCUCUCGAUCGAAGAGGCGGCCAAGUCGGUCUUUAGGGAACCGGGCGAGCGCGUGGCCGACUGCUACGAAGGACUGCGGUGGUUUGCCUACCCGAGCGAAGCGGUCGCGUCGUUUCAAGAUCGAGGGGCAAAGCCGCGCCUGACGAGCGAAAUCAGCGGUCCCUGUCAACCACAGCGCUACUUUGAGGCAGCGAUUCACCACGAGUGGGACGGCGUGCCGACGCUCGCGUACAUGAAGCGCCACCGCGUUCGGAUGACAGCGCAGAUGCUGUUGGCUCGGUACUGUAUCCCAGGCCAGGGAUCGCCGUACUUGAUCGACAUGACGUCGGUCACGGACUCGGACGGCGACAGUGACAGUGACGACGGGGGAGGGCAGUAG